UUCCUUGUUUGUGUUUUACCUUUGCCACAAACAUUUGGAUUUGCCUUUGGUCUUUUGUUUUUUCAUCUCUUCUUCUUCUGUCUCUCUGCUUCUUAACUCGCUCGGACAGGGUUUUACGUUAUAUCCGAUGGCUUCAAGUUCAGAGAAAACUCUUCCUACUUCAGAUGAGAAAAACAAUCCCAAGGAAGAGACUAAGAAGAGUACUACUAGACCGGAAUCGGGCUCAGGAGCUUCUCCUUCACCUUCUCCUUCACCUUCACCGGCUGAUCUUAAUUUCGAUUUCUCAAGCAUGGCCAGUAUUCUCAACGAUCCAAGCAUCAAGGAAUUGGCUGAGCAAAUAGCCAAAGAUCCUGCAUUUAACCAGUUAGCUGAGCAGCUUCAGAGAUCUGUUCCAAGUGCAUCUCAGGAAGGUGGUCUCCCUAACUUUGACCCAGACCAGUACAUGAACACAAUGAAUCAGGUUAUGGGGAACCCUGAAUUUAGAACAAUGGCGGAGCGUCUUGGUAACGCCUUGGUACAGGAUCCACAAAUGUCUCCGUUUCUGGAGGCUUUUGGGAACCCUGCAGCAACAGAGCAAUUCGCUGAGCGUAUGGCACAAAUGAAAGAAGAUCCAGUUUUGAAACCUAUAUUAGCUGAGAUAGACGCUUCUGGUGACCCUUCUGCUAUGAUGAAGUACUGGAAUGAUAAAGAUGUGCUGAAAAAGCUAGGUGAAGCAAUGGGUUUAGCUGUUGGAGCAGACCAGGAUGUUGCAGCUGAACCUGAGGAGGCGGAGGCAGAAGAAGGGGAAGAGGAAGAGUCUAUUGUUCACCAGACUGCUAGUCUUGGUGAUGUGGAGGGUCUGAAAACUGCGUUGGCAUCUGGUGGUAACAAGGAUGAAGAAGACUCCGAGGGAAGGACAGCGUUGCAUUUUGCAUGUGGAUAUGGCGAGAUGAAAUGUGCACAAGUUCUUCUGGAUGGUGGAGCAAAUGUGAAUGCGGUUGACAAAAACAACAACACUCCAUUGCAUUACGCCGCUGGUUAUGGAAGGAAAGAGUGUGUAAGCCUUCUCCUAGAGAAUGGUGCUGCAGUCACUCUGCAAAACAUGGACAGUAAAACUCCAAUUGAUGUGGCCAAGCUCAACAACCAGCUCGAUGUGGUCAAGCUACUUGAGAAGGACGCUUUCCUCUGAGAGCUUUAAGAACAUGUCUCGCUUCUGUGUUCUUUUAUCCUUUGUCUGUUGUUUUUUCAUUAUUAAAUAGUAAAAACAAAAAUAAAGAAAUAGAAAAUGGAUGUUUUUAUUUAUGGUUUUCUGAUAUGUUAUUAUUUUUCUUCUUAAAAUACGUUCUCGUUGUACUU